AUGCAAGUUACCUUGAGAAAUGGAAGAGAAUUAGAAGAAGUUCCAGAGAAAAAGAAGUAUACAGCUAGACCUGAAGGAGAAUUAGUUCCUAAGCCCCUUGAGGAGAAUAAGAAAGAAAAGCCAGAAAUUGUGACAAGGCCACCACCUCCAUGUCCACAAAGACUUCAAAAGCAAAAAGAUGAUGCUAUGUACAAGAAAUUCUUAGAUAUUUUGAGCCAAGUACGUGUGAAUUUGCCGUUGGUGAAAAUUUUGCAGGAAGUGCCUAAAUAUGCAAGGUAUCUUAGGGACAUUGUGGCAAACAAGCGAAGACAUACAGAGUUUGAAACAAUUGCACUUAUUGAAGAGUGCGGUGCUAGAGUUCAGAGUAAACUUCCUCCUAAGUUGAAGGAUCCUGGGUGUUUCACAAUUCCUCUAUCUCUCGGAAAACAAGAAGUUGGUAGAGCCCUGUGUGAUUUAGGGGCUAGUAUAAAUUUGAUGCCAUCCUCUUUGUUCAAGCAACUCGGAUUGGGGGUGCUUAAACCUACUACAAUCACUUUGCAGUUGGCUGAUAGAUCACUAGUUAUUCCAGAAAGAAUUAUUGAGGAUGUGUUAGUUCAAGUGGGAAAGUUUAUUCUUCUUGCUGAUUUUAUUGUUCUUGAUUACGAGGCAGAUGAGAAAGUACAUAUUAUUAUGGGGCGACCAUUCUUAGCUACUGGUGGAGCACUUAUUGAUGUUAGGAAAGGGAAGUUGAAGAUGAGAGUUGGCGAUGAGAAAAUCACUUUUAAUGUGUACAAGGCACUUAAUCUCCCUAAGCAUUAUGAGGAUUUGUGCAUGAUUACUGCGGUAGAACUGAAGGGGGUAAAGCAAAGUCCUUAUACGAAUUGUAGCGAUUCGGAUGGGACAACUGAAUUGGAGGAGGUGGUGUUGCAAGCUGAGUGUGUAAGGGUGAUUGAGAAAAGAGCCAGAGAUGAAAGAAGAGACCUUCUGAGAGUGUGUAAAAAGGCUAGGCUUAAUGGGAGAAAGAAGAAGAGAAAGCGCCCAGCCUGA